CACACUGUGGUUAUGCAUGUCAUUGCAUCAUGCACCCGUAUUUAAAAUGGGAAAUGCAAGCAAAAUGUCAAAAACGACAUUAGUUCAAGUGAAUGGUUUCUAUGAAAGGUACAAAAAAAGACUACCACAUACUUAUUCAAAUGGAUACGACACCUGCCAAGAUAAACCAUCCUAAAACUAAACAUCCUUGACCACGACCAAUGAGCAUCGCCUUUUUCUACUUCUUCCGCUGACGUGAGACGACUUUCAAAUCUUUUGGCGGUUGACUGGCGUUUGCUAAUUUUUCUACAUAAUUCAACUGUUUACACGAAUUAACAUGGAUUCAGCUAUGGCAAACCUUCUUGUUGGGUUUCCAGUCAACAUCCAAAGAAGCGACGGGCGAGUGCAUACUGCAAACAUCAAAACGGUUGAUUCCACAACAGCUAUUGUAAAGGUUGAAUGGUUUGAGAAAUCUGUAUGCAGGGGAAAGGAGCUCGAAAUGAAUGAAUUAUGGUCCCUGAAUGAAGCGCUUUUUGAGCACAUGAAAUCUGCUACUACACCUGCUCCCCCAGAGAAGAAAUAUGAAAGCCGUCUCCGUUCAUCCAGGAUCCCUGCUCCUUCCAAUCUUCCACUUCCUAGAAAGUCCAUACGGCAGACAUGCUUGUUCCGGGCCCCUGCUCCAGUCUCUGAACCUGCUAAGACUAAACAAGACUUCCUGUCUUCAGAGUAUCCACCCUCUGUCCUCAAAGCUUCUGGUGUGCCCAACCGAGUGGGGAAGAGGAACGAUCAGAGGCAGACUGUUGUCCUGCCGCCAGUCAACGAGACCAAGAGUGUCUUAGUCACCUCAACUUCUCUUUCAGACAAACGGAGAUCUGUGGUACCCACAGACAUGAGCAAACCAGUGAACAAAAGAUUGUCCCAUGCAGUCAAGAGUUCUGACAUGGUGCCCAAGAAGGGAAAGUUUGGUGACACAAACCGACCGAACAAGCAGUUUUACCAGAUGAUUGAAGACUUCAGAGAGACCUUGGAAGUAUUUCCUUUAAGUCCAUCGGAUACGGUUGAAGCUCAUAGAAUUUGUGUGUGUGUUCGCAAGCGUCCUCUCAACAAUAAAGAGGUGACCAAGAAAGAAAUUGAUGUGGUGACUAUCCCUGGAAAUGGAACGCUGCUUGUUCAUGAACCCAAGCAGAAAGUGGACCUGACCAAAUACCUGGACAACCAGGUCUUCCAUUUUGACUACUCCUUUGAUGAGUCAUCCACCAAUGACUUAGUGUACAGGUUUACCGCCAAGCCUCUUGUCCAGACCAUCUUUGACGGAGGAAUGGCAACUUGUUUUGCUUACGGCCAAACUGGAAGUGGUAAAACUCACACAAUGGGAGGAGACUUUUCAGGGAAGAGCCAGAACAGUUCCAAAGGGAUCUAUGCCUUGGCAGCUCAGGAUGUGUUCACCCUUCUGAAGCAGAGGAGAUAUUCCAGUCAGGACCUGUGCCCCUAUGUGACCUUUUUUGAGAUCUACAAUGGCAAGGUGUUUGAUCUGCUGAACAAGAAGGCCACGCUGCGAGUGCUAGAGGAUGAGAAACAACAGGUCCAGGUGGUCGGCCUGCAGGAGAUGUACGUGUCGUGUGCGCAAGACGUCAUCAAGAUGAUUGAGAUGGGCAGUGCUUGCAGGACGUCCGGCCAGACGUCCGCCAACGCCAACUCGUCUCGCUCCCACGCCAUCCUGCAGGUGAUCCUGCGGAGGAGGAACCAGCUGCACGGGAAGUUCUCCCUGGUGGACCUGGCGGGGAAUGAGAGGGGCACAGACGUCAGCAGCAACGACAGACAGACCCUGGCAGAGACGGCCGAGAUCAACCGCAGCCUGCUGGCUCUCAAGGAAUGUAUUCGCUCCUUGGGGAUGGACAGCCAACACAUACCCUUCAGGAUGAGCAAGCUGACACAGGUGCUCCGAGACUCCUUCAUCGGAGAGAACUCCAGGACAUGCAUGAUUGCUAUGGUGUCUCCUGGAAUGGCCUCAUGCGAUUACACUCUAAACACACUACGCUAUGCAGACAGAGCAAAGGAACUGAAUGGGACAUCCAGGGUGAUUGAUGCUGAUCUUCCCAAGAAGAUUGAGAUGGAAGUGGAGAACAGCUCAUCAGAGGAGGACUCCAUUGUGCCCAUGACCGACAUGUAUGAGGCCAUCUCCCAGGUGUCUGAGCUGGAGGAGUUAGUGCAUGAGGAGUUGACGAGGGCCAGUGAUUUUCUCAAGCCAAUGGAGAUGCCAUCAUAUGACAUUGAGGCUGGGGUGACAGAUAUUGUGGACUACGCAAGAAAAUUACUGGACACAGUCCUGGCAUUGCAAUAUGCCAUUGAUGGAGAGCGACUGGCAAGGAUGACACCCAAAUCAGGCUAUUGCUGAGAGGGACAGCCCCUCGACUUGUUCACUUGGAAAUAUGGUGCUAUUAAAAGUACCGUUGAGUUGUGAAUGUUUUAUCAUGCAGUUACUAUUGUGCAAGGGUUCAAUUGGACAUAAAUUAAUUUCCACUAACUUGAAUUAAUAGCAAAAUAAAUAAAACAUUACCUCUAACAUUAAACCCACUACAUACCAUAGAUGUCCAUGAAAGAAUGUUAACAAUUCAUGUUUUCAAUGUAUUUGUAUACAAAAUGGAAAUUUGUCCAGUUUUAAAAUGAUUUGAUUAAAGUUUUUUUAAUGAA